AUGUCCGACUCACCAUUCACGACACCCAAGCGGAAACGUAGCGAGAUGCUCGAAGAUGGCGCUCUCAAGCUUAACACGGCCUCUAUAUUCACAUUUGACCCCAAUUCGCCGUCCGAGGACGGAAACGACAGCCCACGCACACGUGUAGCACACAGGUUUCGAGGGCUGGCGCUUGGAGGUGGGGGCGGGGGAUUUGGGAUGUCAAUGGACUCGGCGACGGUGGAUAACGACAAUGAAGAUGCGUCUCGCAAAAGGGUUAAGCUUCCGGAUGUCCAUAUGGCGGAUGUUGAGACCCUUCCGAGCCGGCCUGCCCUUCCAUCCCUGCCCCGUCGCCGCCCUUCCAUUCAGAGAGCCAGCCCGAUCGCCCCGAAACCGCUCGAGCUUGCUUUGGAUGAGGCAGUUGUUGGUCAAUCGGAGACCAUAGCCAACACCAGCACCCAUGACGACGACGAUAACGACAGCUCGACGACCUCCACUACAGCGCCCUCACUCGCCCCACCCACACCUCCACCGGUGACCGCAGAGCCGGUUUCUCAGUCUCGCAACCGAUCGUCUAAGAAACGGGCCGGAACCCCCCCAUUUCUAAGCGCAAAACUAAACACCACAAAGACUUCCACAACCCCGUCGAACAUAGUCGACCCCCUUCGGGCAUCGCUCACUUGGCACGACGACGAAAUCACCAUCUACGAUCCCGACGACUCGGAUGAUGAUGGCACAGGUAUCAACGGUAUCGGGUUCAAACCCACCCCCGCCAUCGCUUACGCUCGUACCAUGCGCCGUCGCCAGCAACUAGCGGAGUAUCGCAAGCGAGAGGAGCGCGACGCCCGUGCUAAGAGGAGCAUGCGCCGUCGCGGGGCGAGCCCUGCGCCGGGACCGACCACCGGAGCGGCUGCUGCGGGCGUGAUUGAAAAGAAGAAGGUCGCGAAGGAGGAGCGAAGGAGGGUGAGAUUUUUAGAAAGAGAGGCAGCUGUAACGGCGGCAGUGGGGGAGUUGAUUGGUGUUUAG